UCUUCUAACAGACGAUGUUACGAGCGCCUUUGGCUAAAUAACUAAUUUUAACUUUAAUCAUACUAGAGUUAUAACUUGCUUUUACAACUCUAACCAAAAUUAAAUUUUACAAUUAACCAAAAUUUCUUUACUUCACUUGCAGUCAUUAGCUGAAAUUUCGUUUAGAGUUUUUAAUUAAUGAUUUCAUCAAAAGGAUAAGAUGUUUGCCGGAGAUAAGGAGUGUUUUCACUCAAUAACUAUAGGCCAUCAACUUCUGCUAAAGCCAGCUUAUCUUUUCUACCCACUUCUUUGCAAUAUGACUUUAAGCGCAGUAUAUGAAAUACUUUGCGCGUUAUAAAAGUAAAUUACUGAUUAAUUGAUUUUUACCAUUUAAUUGAUAAGAAGCAGAGGUGCUAAUUGUGUAUUGAUCUACAACACCAUCACGCUGAAAUGGGUAUCUACGGUGUCUCCAGAAGCUCCCUUACUAUUAACAGUAUAUGGAAAGUAAGAGGUAGACGUCCAACACUAAGACGAACCUGCAAGGUCUUCAUACCUCGAGAUCUUCGAGAACUAGGUACAUUGCGUCUUCCAGCGACUUAUGAGGAAGACCAUUUUCUAGUACAUAAGCUGAAAGCUCUCACCAAGCGCAAACUGCACCAUUGGAUAUUAAUUGCAGCCAUAUCGCUUUAUCUGUACGCUGGUGCUCUGUUAUUCCAGUACUUAAACUCACAAUGCCAAGAAGUAAAUACUUUGAAUGUAACAGAAAAGAGAGAAACUUUAGUAAAUUAUCUAUAUAACUUGUCCAAUAACAAUACUGAGAUAUCUGACUGGUUGGAAAAUGUAAGAGAAGCUGUGAGGAUACAUGAAAUCACUGUCAUACAAUAUAAUGAUGCUGGGUAUGGACCUGAUAUUGCCACAAGGGAGCAUAAAGGAUUGAGUAUCGAAUCGGCAGUGUUUUUUUGCUUCACCGUUAUUACGACCAUUGGAUAUGGAAACAUUGUUCCAUGCACGAAUAUGUCUAGAGGUGUAACAACUAUCUAUGCAUGUUUGGGAGUACCUUUAAUGAUUUUGGUAUUGGCUGACCUUGGAAAGUUGUUCACUAGAGGAAUGAAGUUCAUCUUUUUUCACAGUAAAAGGUUUUAUAAAACAGGAACAUUUAAUCUAAAGAAAGAAUCAGUGAUAACAGAAAACAAGCAAUUGCAAUAUAUGACUGUGUCAUGGAGGACGGUUAGCCAAGAAAGGAUGCCAGAAGAACGCAAAAAUAUAAACUAUGAGAAAAAACAAGCAUUUCCUAUUUUUCAAAACAAUCAAGUAACAACCUUAACGAUACACAAUGAUGAUCUUUAUAAAAAUUUAGAUUUCCAAAAUCCAGAUGAAAAAAACCAUAAACACAUAGAAGUCAAAGAUGACUUUUACCUUCCAGUAAGCAUCGCAAUUUUUUUAGUUUUAGUUUACAUGAUAGUCGGGGGCUUUCUCUUUUCAUUAUGGGAAAAAUGGUCAUUUUUUGAAGGAUUUUAUUUCGUUUUUAUCUCUAUGACAACUAUUGGAUUUGGAGACUAUGUACCAAAACAUGAAGAAUAUAUGUUAGGAGCUUUUGCAUAUCUUGUACUCGGUUUGAUGUUAACAUCCAUGUGCAUUAAUGUUAUAGGAGAGAAACUGACGGUGACUUUUCAAAAAGCACGAGUAAAAAUUGGUAAUAAUACAGUUCUAAAUGUUAGUGCUCUCUUGGAAGAUGAAGAUCACAGGUCGAGAGCACCUCAAAUAGAUCCAUUUCACCCACACAAAUAUAACACUUGUUUUGGGUUCAAGAUGACAAUUCACAGAGAUAGCCUCUCUCCAGUUUCAAAUACAGUUUCUCAACAAACUUUAAAAGCUAAUUCUAAUGUAUUAAACGAAAGUUUAAAGGAAGAAUCCAAAGAUGAAUUCAAGCACGAAGCUCUUUUAAGAGUACCAUCCAGAAAUAGAUUUACAUUUUAUGAUUCACCUUACAAUACUAUUCAAGAUGAAAAUGAAGGUUCUGGACAUUCCCAAAUAAACACGGACAAAGAAGAAUCUGAAGGGAAAAAUGAAUAUUUUUAUCUGGUUGAGCAAUAAUGUUAGGAAAGGCAAAAUCAUGUCAAUGUUAAAUAAUUACUGAUGAAAUAGAACAAACUCCAAUAAGAGUAAUGUCCUGAAAUAGAUUACGAUUUUAUUCUAUUAUAAAUCAAGAUGAAAAAGUAGUUGAUUUCUGCAAAUAAAACCAUAAGCAGAAGAAACUCUCAGAAUGGAAUGAAAGUUGAUAUUAAAUUGGAUUUGUUUCAGAAUUUCAAAUAGUUCGCCAUGAAGAUUAGUUGAGAGUACCAACUAUA